AUGGUGAACCCUCAACACUUGGGCAGCGUUGCUGCCAGGGCUCUGGUUUACUUCAGCGCUCGGCCAAGCUCCAACACACAGGCAUUAUCUAAUAACCCGCUUAACAGCACACAAUCAUUAUCUAGCAGUAACAACACCGUGGGAUCCCAGAUUCUGGCGGCGGAUAAGGCUACAUACUCUCAGAAUACUGCAAGUGCCGUCACUGCCCUGCAGGGCUGGUACAACAAAGACACUGGUUUGUGGAAGACGACCGGCUGGUGGAAUGCAGCAAACUGCUUACAGGUCCUCAUGGACUUUACCCUAUACGACAGGGCCCGUUCGGACAGCCUGGGCCUGCGCAGCGUUGCAUCCAACACUUUUACGCAGGCGCAGCAGAACACGGCAAUGGCCAACAAGGUCAUGCAGGUAGACACCGGUUUGGUUGUGUCUUCCUACGAACCCCUGCUUAACGGCAUGGCAAAGCGCGGCAAGGAGUUUCAGAGGCUUGCAAAGAGGCAAGGCUUCGGCGGAUUCAUCAACGACUUUUACGACGACGAGGGCUGGUGGGCACUGGCCUGGAUCCGGUCCUACGAUAACUACAAGGACCCGGGCCACUUGGAUAUCGCCGAGAACAUCUUUGAGGACAUGCGCCAGGGCGGCGACAACACUUGCGGCGGUGGCAUCUGGUGGAGCAAGGAGCGCAAGUACAAGAACGCCAUCGCGAACCAGCUCUACCUCGCCGUCGCCGCCUCGCUUUCCAACCGGUCUGGGACCAAGAAGAGCAGCUCGUACUACCGCGACAUCGCCGUCAAGCAGUGGGCGUGGCUCAAGGGCAGCGGCAUGAUCAACAGCGACAACCUCUUCAACGACGGCCUGACCAUCAACGCGAAUGGGAGCUGCACCAACAACGGCAUGCAGACGUGGACCUACAACCAGGGCGUAGUCCUGGGCGGCCUCGUGGAGCUUUCGUCCCAGACGGGCGACAAGACGCUCAUCGACGACGCCUACCGCAUCGCCACCGCGGCCGUGACCAAGAUGACGACGUCCUCCGGCAUCCUCAAGGAGUCGUGCGAGCCGGGCAACUGCGGAGGCGACGGCCCGCAGUUCAAGGGCGUCCUCGCGCGCAACAUCAGGCAGCUGAUCCUGGCGGCGGACAGCCACGCGAACCGCGCCAUGCUCCGCGACUUCAUUCUGAGGAAUGCCGACUCGGUUUGGGCCAAGGAUAGGAACCCGGCCAACAACCAGCUCGGCAUCGUCUGGUCGGGGCCGUACAACGCUGGAAAGGAGCCCGGCGCGGAUACGCAGUCUUCUGCCAUGGAUGUUCUUGUUGCUGCCAUGGCAGUGGCUUGA